AUGCGAGCGAUUUUGGCGUGGAGCUUGAUAGCAGCUGUGUCUGCUCUGCAGACUCUUCCACCCGUGCGAUGGGAAGAACAUGAUCAGCCGUUUGGUGGAUUUGAUCCUGCCAGGGCAGCACGUGACAUCUAUAUUUCGAAUACUUUUGCUUCGCAUCGAGACCAGACUGGGCUAACGUUGAUUCCGCCCUCGGCGGCCGAGUUCGCGAGGACAUUCCGCGACGACAUAGAAGAGGUCACGGGAGAAAGAUGGAGCCUUCACACUGUGGAUGAACUACCGCGCGACAAGGCGGGAAUCUUCCUCGAAAGAUCGCAGCGAAGCAACUGGGCGUACGAGAACGGUGAUGCCACAGAAGAGGGCUACGAAUUGGAAGUGCAAGCCAACCGCGUUGUCAUUAAAGGGUCUGGCGCCCGGGGAAUGUGGUGGGCAACGCGGACACUCCUGCAGCAGAUAAUCAUCGCUGGAAGACGGCCAAUUCCGCAGGGCCACGUGAUCGAUGUACCCUCAGUGCCCACCAGAGGGUUUCUACUCGAUGCAGGUAGAAAGUGGUAUUCGCCUGCAUUUCUGAAAGAACUAUGCACCUACGCCUCGUUCUUCAAGAUGUCCGAGUUCCACUAUCACACAAGUGACAACUACCCGCUUAGUCGUGGCCACAAUGAGACCUGGAAUGAUGUUUACGCCCAGUUUGCGCUGCAUCCUGAAAAUCCCGACUUGCAUCCGAUUGUUCAGCGAGCAAAUGAGACUCUUUCUCGGGCUGACUUUGAGGAUCUGCAAGAGCAUUGUGCCCAGCGAGGUGUGACAGUGAUACCGGAGAUUGAAGCACCUGGGCACUGCUUAUUUGUGACGAAGUGGAAGCCUCAGUUGGCGUUGGACCAGAAGGAUCUCUUGAACCUUACACAUCCAGAGACACUUCCAACAGUCAAGCAGAUAUGGGAAGAGUUUCUUCCCUGGUUCCAAAGCAAGGAAGUCCACAUUGGCGCCGACGAAUACGAUUCAACACUGGCAGACGACUACGUCGACUUCGUGAACGAAAUGGCACGCUUCGUGGACGAAAAGUCCGGAAAGAGGGUUCGCAUCUGGGGAACAUACGAGCCCUCCGAUAAACCUAUCUCGAAAGACAUCAUCAUACAGCACUGGCAGUACGGACAGUCAGAUCCGGUGCUACUAUCGAACCAAGGCUACGACGUCAUCAAUUCGGAAGACUGGUGGGCUUACAUGUCGCUUAAAAACUCCCACGUACCAAUCACACCGGCUCCAUACCCCCAACUCUUCAACAACACGCGAGUCCUCAAUUUUGCCGACCAAUCGGGCUGGCAAUGGACGCCCGAGCUGUUCAACCCGGUCAAUGUUACGGAACAGCCGAGCAAACUACCAAAAGGGGCAAUACUAGCCGCGUGGAAUGACAACGGACCAGAUGCGACGACGCAACUGGAGUCAUUCUAUGCAAUUCGAGACGGGAUCCCCGUAGUGGCCGCCCGUGCUUGGUCCGGGAACCGUGGGCCUCUUCUUGAAGAGUCAGGCCUAUCGGCUUCAGUGGAUCUUCUGACAUCCGCAGCCGUGGCGCAGAACCUGGAUCGCCGGGUUAAAAAGACAGCCGAGCGAAACAAUGGCUUUGUCAACUGGAAAACAACCAAUCAGAAAGCCACAGACAGGGUUAGUCUGGGGUACGGAAGCAAGGGAAUGAAUUACAUGUUGGACAUGGUUGUUUCGGGACCAUUCACCCUUUCCUCCAGCGACGUUACCCUCGAAUUGUCACCCUCAGGUUCUUUGACGUUUAUCUCCGAUGGAUGGCCAUAUCCCCUCCGCUCCGUAGCUGAAAACGACGGAUUCGACCCCAUCGAACUGGGUAGAAUAUGGGCAAACCAGACCUCUUCAUCCCACGAGCCGGUCACUGUUCCCUUAAAGAGCCAAAUCACUAUUCGGACCGACGUCACCGGAGGAAGUCGCGUGUGGGUGAACGGGAACUUCACCGGCCGAUUCGAAGUGUUCGUAUUUGGAGGAAAGAACAAGGAGUUCUCCUGGAGUCAGAUGGCCUUUGUGGCACCAUUAGAAUGGUUGCAAGGGGGUGUGCAUGCGCUGCGGACAAAUGGACAUGCGGAGGAGCAAAUCCUAGCCUCGAAAUUUAGCCAUUUAUCCAUUUUCACCCGCACCCCCGCAUCUCCUUACACGGAUGAUUCGAGGCUGAAUUGGAUCAUCGAGCACAAGGGCGAGACACCGCCUGCAGGAUGGGUACAGCCAGUCAAUAACCAAUCCGCCUCCGGAGGCUACAACUGGGGCUACUACGUCGCGCAAAAGACGCACGCCAACCGCUACAACUACGCCGUUAGCGGCGCAGUCUGUUCGAACAAGAUCAGCCCGCGCACAUUCGCCGCCAUCGAGGCCCCCUUCCCCUCCGUACUGGAGUACGAAGUCCCUGCCUUCCUCGCAGACAGCAAAUACAAGGUCCCGCCGUCCGGCAAAAAGUUCCUCGAUAUCCCCGCCGACGAGACGGUCUACGCUAUCUGGAUCGGCACCAACGACCUCGGCAACUACGCGUUCAUCACCGAUUCGCAGAUUGCCGGCAAGACAGUCCCCGACUACAUCGAGUGUGUCUACCAGGCGCUGGAUGCGGUCCACGCGAAUGGAGGCCGCUACUUCGUGCUGAUGAACCUCACGCCGCUGCAAUUGGCGCCAAUGUAUGCGACGCCCGAGCAUGGUGGCACGGGACCGAAUUCAUUCUGGCCCGAGAAGCCGGAUAAUAAGACCGCUGUUAGCUAUCGGAUGUGGGACCAGGUGGCUACUGCGAAUGAGGUGUUUGAGUACAAGACGGCGUACGAGGCGGUUAUUGCGAAAAGGUAUCCUGGUGCCAAGCUGGCGACCAUGGAUGUAUACGCCUUGCUGAGCGAUGCGUACAACCACCCGGAGGACUUCUUUGGGCAGGGCUCGGCGGUCAACGUGACCGGAUACAACAAGCACUGUGACGUAAAGGGUCAGAACUGCGAGAUUCUGCCCCAUCCAGAGCAGUUCAUGUGGUACGACGAGCUGCACCCAUCGGAGGUUACCGAUAAGGUGAUCGCAGAUGAGUUCGUGAAGGUGACGAAAGGAAAAAGCAAAUAUGCCACUUAUUGGUAG